UGUUGGUGCGUUCAAAAGGUGGUCAAACAGUUUUUAUUCCGCAUCAACUUUCGGCUAUAUCGGCACGCAGAUACAGCACAGCGAGCGCUGUGGAUGGAAAUAAACCGGUCGACACCUACACUACCUCCUACCUGAACAGUUAGUUACCUGUUACUGAUAACGAAAAACAUUUCAGCAUGAGUUGUGCUAGUGUUUUGACCAGCAAGGACCUGCCGGAUAUAGAGAGCCUCCUGGCGUUGAACCCGCGAGUUAAAACGCACGGUUCGCUCGUACCGACGACGGUGACCAAAACGGUGAAGAAACACUGGAAGCGAAACACCGAUCGUUCCUGUACCAGUUGCACUCCGCUUACGAAUGACUUUUCCGACAUCAAGCACACAACCCUGUCGGAACGAGCCGCCUUGCGUGAGGCAGCUCGCUGUCUAAAAUGUGCCGACGCUCCCUGCCAGAAGUCCUGCCCAACCCAGCUGGACAUCAAAAGCUUCAUUACUAGCAUUGCCAACAAGAACUACUACGGUGCGGCGAAGGCCAUUUUCUCCGACAAUCCGCUGGGACUGACCUGUGGCAUGGUCUGUCCGACGAGCGAUCUUUGCGUCGGAGGGUGUAAUCUACAGGCCGCCGAAGAAGGUGCAAUCAAUAUUGGUGGUUUGCAACAGUUUGCCACUGAAGUAUUCAAGCAAAUGGGACUUCAUCAAAUCGUUCCACCGAAUGUUGCUCCGCUGAAGUUUCCAAACAAAAAGAUUGCUCUGAUCGGAGGUGGACCGGCGUCGCUAUCAUGUGCUACGUUUUUGGGCCGUCUUGGUUAUACGGAUAUUACCAUUUAUGAGAAGCGUAACUAUCUAGGAGGUCUCAGUUCAGCGGAAAUCCCACAGUAUCGUCUUCCAAUUGAUGUUGUGAAGUUUGAAAUUCAGCUUGUACAAGAUUUGGGCGUGAAAUUCGAAACAGGUCGUAUUCUGUCAACCAAAGACGUAACCGUCCAAGGUUUACUGGAUUCCGGCAAUGAUGCUGUCUUUCUCGGAAUUGGAUUACCUCAACCGAAAAUCGACAGGGUGUUUCAAGGGUUAACACAGAAUCAAGGAUUUUAUACAUCAAAGGACUUCCUUCCCCUGGUUUCUGAUGGAAGCAAGCAAGGACUUUGUGCAUGCAAGGUGGCCGCUUCCAACUUUCCAACAUUAAGCGGCAACGUGAUUGUACUUGGAGCAGGUGAUACAGCAUUCGAUUGCGCUACGUCAGCUCUACGUUGUGGUGCUCGCAAAGUAUUUGUAGUCUUCCGGAAGGGUAACAACAACAUCCGUGCUGUUCCUGAAGAAGUCGAACUUGCACGAGAAGAGCGUUGUGAGUUCAUCCCAUUCAUGUCGCCUAAGGAAGUGAUCCUUCGAGAUGGAAAGAUUGCAGCUGCCGAGUUUGUUCGUACCGAGCAGGAUGAAGCCGGAAACUGGAUUGAGGACGCAGAUCAAACCACCCGGCUGAAAGCAAAUUUCAUUAUUUCCGCCUUCGGAUCCGAGCUGAACGACAAGGAAGUUAUCGACGCUCUAAAACCAGUCCCGUUGAAUCGUUGGAACUUGCCGCAGGUCGAUUCCAAAACCCAGCAGACACCAGUUCCAUCUGUUUUCUGUGGUGGAGAUCUGGCAGGGGCAGCCGAAACAACCGUCGAAUCCGUCAACGACGGCAAAACUGCGGCUUGGUACAUGCAUUGCUAUCUUCAGGGCAUUCCUUUCGACGCACCUCCUCAACUACCCCUUUUCUACACCGAAAUCGAUAAGGUUGACCUUUCCGUGGAUGUGUGCGGAGUGAAGUUCGAAAAUCCUUUCGGUUUGGCGUCGGCACCUCCCACUACCAGUACAGCCAUGAUUCGCCGAGCUUUCGAACAAGGCUGGGGCUUUGCAGUAACUAAGACGUUUGCCCUUGAUAAGGAUACGGUUACAAAUGUAAGUCCACGAAUCGUUCGCGGUGUUACUGCGGGACAUAAUUACGGUCCUCAGCAGGGUGCUUUUCUAAAUAUUGAGCUCAUAUCGGAGAAAUGCGCGGACUAUUGGUUAACUGGUGUCACGGAGUUGAAGCGAGACUUUCCAAACAAGGUUGUCAUUGCUAGUAUUAUGUGUACUUAUAAUGAAGAGGAUUGGACGGAGUUGGCGAAACGUGCCGAGGCAGCAGGUGCUGAUAUGUUGGAACUUAAUCUCUCCUGUCCUCAUGGAAUGGGGGAAUCCGGCAUGGGUUUGGCCUGCGGCCAAGAUCCCAAAUUAGUCUACAAUAUAUCAUUAUGGGUUCGAGCAGCAGUGAAAAUUCCAUUUUUCGUUAAACUUACACCGAACAUUACCGAUAUCGUAGCGAUUGCCCAGGCGGCUCAAAGAGGCAAAGCCGAUGGUGUUUCUGCUAUCAAUACUGUUCAGGGCUUAAUGUCGAUCAAUGCCAGUGGUUCGCCUUGGCCUGCUGUCGGUGUUGACAAACGUACGACCUACGGAGGAGUUUCUGGUAAUGCCACUAGACCACAAGCAUUGCGUGCCGUCUCGUUGAUCGGUAAUAAAAUACCUGGAUUUCCAAUUUGCGGUAUCGGUGGCAUUGACUCAGCCGACGUGGCUCUCCAGUUCAUUCAGUGCGGAGCUCCUAUUCUACAGAUUUGUUCAUCGAUUCAAAACCAAGAUUUCACCGUUGUUGAAGACUACAUUACCGGACUGAAGACUUUGUUGUUCCUAAAAGCAAAUCCGCCGCCACAAAGUCUUCCCUGGGAUGGUCAAUCACCGCCAGCUAUGAAAUUACAAAAAGGGAAACCGGUAGCUCCGCUCCUCGAUGAUGACGGCAAACCGUUGCUGAAUUUUGGUGAAUACAAGAAAAAGAGAGAAGAAAAGUUAGCCCAAUUGCGUUUACAAAAUGGGCCUAUGUGGGAUCCCUGCGCGAAGGAGAACACGGAAAACGGAUUAUCAAGCGAACCAAAGACAGCUUAUAGAAUCAAGGACGUACUUGGAGCGGCCUUACCGAAAAUCGGAUCAUAUAAAAGCUUGGAUAACAAGCAACAAGUAGUAGCUUUGAUCGAUGAUGACCUCUGCAUAAACUGCGGAAAGUGCUAUAUGACAUGUGCGGACUCGGGCUAUCAAGCAAUUGAAUUCGACGCGGUAACACACUUACCUCACGUAACGGAUGACUGCACCGGAUGUAAUCUGUGUCUCUCGGUUUGCCCAAUCAUCGAUUGUAUCAACAUGGUGCCGAAGAAAAUUCCUCACGUUAUCAAACGUGGACAAAUCAAGUCUAGAGUUGCCGUACAUGCACUUUCCUUGUCACAAUAAAAUUAAUCCGAUUCUUUUCUAUUAAAAAGGAAUGAUAGUAUGCAGUUUUCCGUUUCAUCUAAUAGUUACAUUGAAAUGAGAUUUAGUAAAAGUGUUGAUUCCCGAAAGCUUUUCUUUUUCAAUUCCAUUUAUUAUUUUUGCUUGUGCUUAAUCAAAUAUGUUAAUCCGGUUGAUCCUGAUGUCUCUAUCCUUGCCUAUUUGUAGCAAGCCUUGCUCUAACCCGCUUCCCAAGUAGCACUAUCAGUUUAUUUGUUCAAUAAAGAUUGUCAUUCGUUUGUCAUCCAU